GUAGUGGUAUCUGGUAUCUGUUUCCCUGGUGACGUGUAUUGAAUUGCACGGCUGCCUAGUGGCUGUGGACUUUAGACAGGUGGAGGGCCAGGUGACGCCAGCCACAGGGAACACUCUGCUUCCUGUAAGGAACAGCUUCAAACAUGGCUAAAUUCUUCACACCGGGUCAAAUAAAUGAGUUUAAGGAAUGCUUCUCCUUUUACGACAAAAGGCGGAAGGGAAAAAUUGCUGCCAAGGAUCUGAUAACAGUCAUGCGUUGCCUCGGUACAAGUCCAACGUACGGGGAAAUAGACCGACACCUACAAGUUCAUAAAAUCAAAAAGGCAGAUGAGGUGGACUUCUCCACAUUCCUGACGAUGAUGCACAGACAAAUGCAGCAGGAAGACCCCAAGAAUGAAAUCMUGGAGGCCUUCAGGAUGACAGACAAGCAGAAGAAAGGCACCAUUCAGGCGUCAGAGCUGCGGGCCAAACUCACCACGUUAGGAGAGAAACUCACCAACAAAGAAGUGGAUGACCUCUUCAAGGAAGCAAACAUCAGGUCCAACGGAAUAAUCGACUAUGAAGAGUUCACCAAAAUGGUGACGUUGCCGCCAGUCGAUUAUUGAACCCCAGCUUCCAACUUCACUACAAUGACUGUGGUAGAAAAUUGRUUUUGGACACAAUGUGCCUGACAGCUACAACUUGAAGAGAUGAAAAGACAUGUGCUAAAUCAAUUUUGAAGGGCUGUUUGAGACUGUAGAGGUCAGAAAUGACAAAUGAAAUGGACGUUUUACAAAUGUUAUGGUUGGUCGAGRUCACAUUGUUCCAGAAAAACUUUGUUUAGGAUUAUAUCAUGUCCACCACUGUUAUAAAUACAUCCUCAUUUGUUAACACAAGUCAUAUGUCUGUUUGAGAGUAAGGUUUUAUUUUACUAAUUUGUAUCAGGAACACCUUAAAAAUAAAAAGUACUUUUUUUACUUUCAAAGAGAGAUCCCAAACACAAAACUGUAAUAGA